CAAUGGGAUGGGGGAGCAUGGGAUGGGGGAGCAAUGGGAUGGGGGAGCAAUGGAUGGGAGCAAUGGGAUGGGGGAGCAAUGGGAUGGGGGAGCAAUGGGAUGGGGGAGCAAUGGGAUGGGGGAGCAAUGGGAUGGGGAGCAAUGGGAUGGGGGAGCAAUGGGAUGGGGAGAAUGGGAUGGGGGAGCAAUGGGAUGGGGGAGCAAUGGGAUGGGGGAGCAAUGGGAUGGGGGAGCAAUGGGAUGGGGGAGCAAUGGGAUGGGGGAGCAAUGGGAUGGGGGAGCAAUGGGAUGGGGGAGCAAUGGGAUGGGGGAGCAAUGGGGAUGGGGGAGCAAUGGGAUGGGGGGAGCAAUGGGAUGGGGGAGCAUGGAUGGGGAGCAAUGGGAUGGGGGAGCAAUGGGAUGGGGGAGCAAUGGGAUGGGGGAGCAAUGGGAUGGGGGAGCAAUGGAUGGGGGAGCAAUGGGAGGGGGGGAGCAAUGGAUGGGGGAGCAAUGGAAUGGGGAGGCAUGGGAUGGGGAGCAAUGGGAUGGGGGAGCAUGGGAUGGGGGAGCAUGGGAUGGGGGAGCAAUGGGAUGGGGGAGCAAUGGGAUGGGGGAGCAAUGGGAUUGGGGGAGCAUGGGAUGGGGGAGCAAUGGGAUGGGGGAGCUAAUGGGAAUGGGUGGGAGCAAUGGGAUGGGGAGCAAUGGGAUGGGGGAGCAAUGGGAUGGGGGAGCAAUGGGAGUGGGGGAGCAAUGGGAUGGGGAGCAAUGUGAGGGGGAGCAAUGGGAUGGGGGAGCAAUGGGAUGGGGGAGCAAUGGGAUGGGGGGAGCAAUGGGAUGGGGGAGCAAUGGGAUGGGGGAGCAAUGGAUGGGGGAGCAAUGGAUGGGGAGAAUGGAUGGGGAGCAAUGGGAUGGGGGAGCAAUGGGAUGGGGGAGCAAUGGGAUGGGGGAGCAAUGGGAUGGGGGAGCAAUGGGAUGGGGGGAGCAAUGGGAUGGGGGAGCAAUGGGAUGGGGGAGCAAUGGAUGGGGGAGCAAUGGGAUGGGGGAGCAAUGGGAUGGGGGAGCAAUGGGAUGGGGGGAGCAAUGGGAUGGGGGAGCAAUGGGAUGGGGGAGCAAUGGGAUGGGGGAGCAAUGGGAUGGGGGAGCAAUGGGAUGGGGGAGCAAUGGGAUGGGGGAGCAAUGGGAUGGGGGAGCAAUGGGAUGGGGGGAGCAAUGGGAUGGGGGAGCAAUGGGAUGGGGGAGCAAUGGGAUGGGGGGAGCAAUGGGUGGGGAGCAUGGGAUGGGAGCAAUGGGAUGGGGGAGCAAUGGGAUGGGGGAGCAAUGGGAUGGGGGAGCAAUGGGAUGGGGAGCAAUGGAUGGGGGAGCAUGGAUGGGGGAGCAAUGGGAUGGGGGAGCAAUGGGAUGGGGGAGCAAUGGGAUGGGGAGCAAUGGGAUGGGGAGCAAUGGGAUGGGGGAGCAAUGGGGGGAGCAUGGGAUGGGGAGCAAUGGGAUGGGGGAGCAAUGGGAUGGGGGAAGAGCAUGGAUGGGGGGCAAUGGGAUGGGGGGAGCAUGGGAUGGGGAGCAAUGGGAGUGGGGGAGCAAUGGGAUGGGGGAGCAAUGGAUGGGGGGAGCAAUGGGAUGGGGGAGCAAUGGGAUGGGGGAGCAAUGGAUGGGGGAGCAUGGGAUGGGGGAGCAAUGGGGAUGGGGGCAAUGGAUGGGGGAGCAAUGGGAUGGGGGAGCAAUGGGAUGGGGGAGCAAUGGGAUGGGGGAGCAAUGGGAUGGGGGAGCAAUGGGGAUGGGGGAGCAAUGGGAUGGGGGAGCAAUGGGAUGGGGGAGCAAUGGGAUGGGGGAGCAAUGGGAUGGGGGGCAAUGGGAUGGGGGAGCAAUGGGAUGGGGGAGCAAUGGGAUGGGGGAGCAAUGGGAUGGGGGAGCAAUGGGAUGGGGAGCAAUGGGAUGGGGGAGCAAUGGGAUGGGGGAGCAAUGGGAUGGGGGAGCAAUGGGAUGGGGGAGCAAUGGGAUGGGGGAGCAAUGGGAUGGGGAGCAAUGGGAUGGGGGAGCAAUGGGAUGGGGGAGCAAUGGGAUGGGGGAGCAAUGGGAUGGGGGAGCAAUGGGAUGGGGGAGCAAUGGGAUGGGGGAGCAAUGGGAUGGGGGAGCAAUGGGAUGGGGGAGCAAUGGGAUGGGGGAGCAAUGGGAUGGGGGAGCAAUGGGAUGGGGGAGCAAUGGGAUGGGGGAGCAAUGGGAUGGGGGAGCAAUGGGAUGGGGAGCAAUGGGAUGGGGGAGCAAUGGGAUGGGGGAGCAAUGGGAUGGGGGAGCAAUGGGAUGGGGGAGCAAUGGGAUGGGGGAGCAAUGGGAUGGGGGAGCAAUGGGAUGGGGGAGCAAUGGGAUGGGGGAGCAAUGGGAUGGGGGGAGCAAUGGGAUGGGGGAGCAAUGGGAUGGGGGAGCAAUGGAUGGGGGAGCAAUGGGAUGGGGGAGCAAUGGGAUGGGGGGAGCAAUGGGAUGGGGGAGCAAUGGGAUGGGGGAGCAAUGGGAUGGGGGAGCAAUGGGAUGGGGGAGCAAUGGGAUGGGGAGCAAUGGGAUGGGGGAGCAAUGGGAUGGGGGAGCAAUGGGAUGGGGGAGCAAUGGGAUGGGGGAGCAAUGGGAUGGGGAGCAAUGGGAUGGGGGAGCAAUGGGAUGGGGGAGCAAUGGGAUGGGGGAGCAAUGGGAUGGGGAGCAAUGGGAUGGGGGGAGCAAUGGAUGGGGGAGCAAUGGAUGGGGGAGCAAUGAUGGGGGAGCAUGGGAUGGGAGCAAUGGGAUGGGGGAGCAAUGGGAUGGGGGAGCAAUGGGAUGGGGGAGCAAUGGAGGGGGAGCAAUGGAUGGGGGAGCAAUGGGAUGGGGGAGCAAUGGGAUGGGGGAGCAAUGGAGGGGGAGCAAUGGAUGGGGGAGCAAUGGGAUGGGGGAGCAAUGGGAUGGGGGGAGCAAUGGGAUGGGGAGCAAUGGAUGGGGGAGCAAUGGGAUGGGGGAGAGCAAUGGAUGGGGGAGCAAUGGGAUGGGGGAGCAAUGGGAUGGGGGAGCAAUGGGAUGGGGGAGCAAUGGGAUGGGGAGCAAUGGGAUGGGGAAGCAAUGGGAUGGGGGAGCAAUGGGAUGGGGGAGCAAUGGGAUGGGGAGCAAUGGGAUGGGGGAGCAAUGGGAUGGGGGAGAGCAAUGGGAUGGGGGAGCAAUGGGAUGGGGGAGCAAUGGGAUGGGGGGAGCAAAUGGGAUGGGGGAGCAAUGGGAUGGGGGGAGCAAUGGGAUGGGGGAGCAAUGGGAUGGGGGAGCAAUGGGAUGGGGGAGCAAUGGGAUGGGGGAGCAAUGGAUGGGGGAAGCAAUGGGAUGGGGGAGCAAUGGGAUGGGGGAGCAAUGGGAUGGGGGAGCAAUGGGAUGGGGGGAGCAAUGGAUGGGGGAGCAAUGGGAUGGGGAGCAAUGGAUGGGGGAGCAAUGGGAUGGGGGAGCAAUGGAUGGGGGAGCAAUGGGAUGGGGGAGCAAUGGGAUGGGGGAGCAAUGGGAUGGGGGAGCAAUGGGAUGGGGGAGCAAUGGGAUGGGGGAGCAAUGGGAUGGGGGAGCAAUGGGAUGGGGGAGCAAUGGGAUGGGGGAGCAAUGGGAUGGGGGAGCAAUGGGAUGGGGGAGCAAUGGGAUGGGGGAGCAAUGGGAUGGGGGAGCAAUGGGAUGGGGGAGCAAUGGGAUGGGGGAGCAAUGGGAUGGGAGAGCAAUGGGAUGGGAGAGCAAUGGGAACAUUGUUGAAAUGCAUCUGGUGAUGCAACUGAUCAAGAAGCUCAAGAACCACCGCCACCCCAAGCAGGCUGCAGAGGUAGCAGAGUGGUUUGUGCAGCACCCCGGCUUCCCCAAGCUAGAGGCCGACUACCAGCUCGCGCUCUCUGCCGUCAUUCGUGCGCGCAACGUGGCGGCUGCGCAGGCACUCUUCCUUUCCUUCCCACAGCCUUUCAGAACCGAGAAGGUGUACCAGCCGGUGUUUGGGCAUGUGGCAAGGCGGGGGAGGUUCAUGUCAGUGGAGUCGCAGGUGGACUGGCUGCGGCAGCAGGGCGUGCAGGAGGGCAUUCCCUCGUUCAACGCACGCCUGCAGGCGCUGCUGGCUGGCAGGCGGCGGGCGGGCGUGGUGGCGGGCAUCGGGGCGAUCGUGGAUGAGAUGCGGAGCAAGGGCUUCACCCCCAUUACAAUCACAUUUAACAUCAUCCUGGCCGGACUUGGAAGGGCCGGGCAGCUCAAAGAAAUGGAGCACUACCUCGGGCAGAUGGAAAAAUACAACCUGACCCCGGAUCUGGCGACAAUGAACGCUCUGAUCUCAGCCUAUGUCACCCAUGGGGAGCCGGAGAAGGCACUGGAGUGGGAGAGGAGUUUAAAGACGUCAGGAGCGGGGCCAGAUAGAGGCACGUAUGCCGCCAUGCUGAAGGCGUAUGGGCAGAGCCGGCAGGUGGAUAAGCUGGAGGCGACUUGGAGUGAGCUGCUUGCAUCAAACGUGCCGAUGACGAGGAUGCUCCACAAGGCGCGCAUAGAGGGCUAUGGGCUGGCGGGUGAUGUGAGCAAGGCGGAGCAGGCGUUUCAAGAGCUGAGGGUGCAGCAGGCGCCAGUGACCGAGACGUUCAACUCGCUCGUAUUCGCCUAUGCACACAACCACCUCUUCCCCAAGGCCAAGGAGACCAUCCUCCACAUGGACGCAGCCGGCAUGCGCCCCGACGGCAUCACCUUCCUGCACCUCCUCCGCGGCUUCCUCUCCGCCAACCAGAUCGACGACGCGGUUACCACGUUACACGACGCGGUGGCAGCCGGCGCGCACAGGGCCCGCAUGAAGCUGCCGUUUCACGCGUUCGCGGAGGUGCUGGGAGGGUUUGUGGAGGCGGGGGAGGUGGGGAAGGUGCGAGAGCUGGUGGGGCUUGCACGGACUAUGUACCGUACCGAUGCAAAUCUCUUCAAUUCGAUUAUCACGGCUAUCGUGAAUGACUGGAGGAGGAGGGGAGUAGGAGAGGACGUGGGAGGCGGGGAGUUUGCGAGUGAGGUGCGGGGGGUGCUGGAAGAAAUGAAUGAUGCAGGGGUGAAGGCCAAUGGUGCCACGGAGGAGAUCUUGCACCCGUUGGGACUCGGCAAUCUGAUCGACGAGGUUGGGCUGGUCCGGGCAGCGCAGGGGUCAGGGCCUCGGGGGCAAUGGUAG